UACCUUGGGAUCUUAUGAUAUCUCAUGAUUUUGUUUCUUCCAAUUACAAAGUGUCUGGCCACUCCGUUUCCUAACUUUCCGGCUGGCUGAGUCGUCCGCCUCUGCAUCAACGCAGGCGCCUUUGAUCUGCUCCCCAACAUCAUUCCCUGUGUCCUGCCGUGGUGGACCCUUCGAAGUCGACCUCGCCCAGGCCGACCUUUUUUUUUUCUUCUGUUUAAAUACUCGCUUUCUUUCAUUUUUCACUUAUCAAAACAACCGUCACUUAGAGAUAGCCAUGUCUGCACCAACGGCGGACAUCAGGGCUCGCGCCCCGGAGGCCAAAAAGGUUCACAUCGCUGACACUGCUAUCAACCGCCAUAACUGGUACAAGCAUGUGAACUGGCUGAACGUUUUCCUGAUCAUCGGUAUCCCGCUUUAUGGGUGCAUUCAGGCGUUCUGGGUGCCACUGCAGCUGAAGACUGCCAUCUGGGCCGUCAUCUACUACUUUUUCACCGGUCUCGGUAUCACAGCAGGUUACCAUCGUCUAUGGGCUCACUGCUCGUACUCCGCCACCCUUCCUUUGCGUAUCUGGCUCGCUGCCGUUGGUGGUGGUGCCGUCGAAGGUUCUAUCCGCUGGUGGGCUCGUGACCACCGCGCUCACCACCGCUACACCGAUACCGACAAAGACCCGUACUCCGUUCGCAAGGGUCUGCUCUACUCUCACCUUGGCUGGAUGGUGAUGAAGCAGAACCCUAAGCGUAUUGGCCGUACCGAUAUUUCCGACCUGAACGAGGACCCCGUCGUUGUCUGGCAGCACCGCAACUACCUCAAGGUCGUUUUCACGAUGGGAUUGGCUGUGCCUAUGCUUGUUGCUGGUCUUGGAUGGGGUGACUGGUUGGGCGGCUUCGUGUAUGCCGGCAUUCUGCGUAUCUUCUUCGUCCAGCAGGCGACUUUCUGCGUCAACUCUUUGGCCCACUGGCUCGGUGACCAGCCCUUCGAUGACCGCAACUCACCUCGUGACCACGUUAUCACCGCUCUCGUCACCCUUGGAGAGGGCUACCACAACUUCCACCACGAGUUCCCCUCGGACUACCGUAACGCCAUCGAAUGGCACCAGUAUGAUCCCACCAAGUGGUCCAUCUGGGCCUGGAAGCAGCUUGGUCUUGCCUACGACCUGAAGAAGUUCCGUGCCAACGAGAUUGAGAAGGGUCGUGUCCAGCAGCUCCAGAAGAAGCUUGACCGUAAGCGUGCCACUCUCGAUUGGGGUACUCCUCUUGACCAGCUCCCCGUCAUGGAGUGGGACGACUACGUCGAGCAGGCUAAGAACGGCCGCGGUCUCGUGGCUAUUGCCGGUGUUGUCCACGAUGUCACGGACUUCAUCAAAGACCACCCCGGUGGCAAGGCCAUGAUCAGCUCCGGUAUUGGGAAGGACGCCACCGCCAUGUUCAACGGUGGUGUCUACUACCACUCCAACGCCGCACACAACCUCCUCUCUACCAUGCGUGUUGGUGUUAUCCGCGGCGGCUGUGAAGUCGAAAUCUGGAAGCGUGCCCAGAAGGAGAACGUGGAGUACGUGCGUGAUGGCUCUGGCCAGCGCGUCAUCCGUGCCGGCGAGCAGCCAACCAAGAUCCCAGAACCCAUUCCCACAGCGGAUGCGGCGUGAUCUGUUUUUUUUUUUGUUUCCCGCUCCACAUUGUCCCACUUUAGGGUCUGAAACUUAGCACACUGGCGUUUGAUCGUUCCUUAGAGUUUGGAGUUGCGGAGUUUUGGUCCAUGUCUGUCGGUGUAGUCUACCCAUGUUGAUCCGUCUACCUAAAAGCGAGACUUGAAAUGAGAUAUGCCAUCAACUUACAAUUUGUUUUUAUUCUCAACGUUGUAAGAAAAUC